AUGAAGACAACUGAUUCAUUUAACACAAUUUAUUCAGCAAUAUGGAUGGAAGGUCCACGAGAAAUUUGGGAUAAAGAGGCUGGACAGUGGACACGUAACGGACCAACACAUGUUGCUCUUAAGAGACUUAAUAAUUCACAAAAUAUUAGUGAAGAAUAUUUAAAUCAAGUAUAUAAAUAUCGAAAUUGCUUUAGAAAUGGAAUUUUAGCAAACUGCUACGGUGUAACCAAAGAUCCUACUUCAAAUUAUAUGUUUGUUAUGAAAUAUUAUGAUAAUCAUGACUUAUAUUCAUAUCUUAUUAAAAUAAAUGAGUUUCUUAGUUUCAAAAAUAUUGUUGAAAUGCUUUGGGAUAUAACAAUAGGACUAGAAUAUAUACACGAUAAUGGACUAAUCCACGGAAAUCUUUAUUGUGGAAAUAUCUUAAUUAAUGAAAUUGUUAUAAAUAAUAAUAUAGAAUUGGUUGAAGCACGUAUUGCUUAUGUAGGAAUGCAUGGCCCGGUUGACAAGAAGAAUUCAAACGAAAAUCUUAGAUUGCUUCCUUAUAUAGCUCCUGAAAUCUUGAAAGGUUUAACACCAACAAUAGCUUCUGACAUAUAUAGCUUGGGAAUGAUCAUGUGGGUUCUAUCCUUUGGUUUUCGCCCAUGGGGCAAUUGGAUACAUGAACAUGAUAUAGCGACGAAAAUUUGCUUAGGUCUUCAUCCAGAAAUUACUGAGGGAAUUCCAAAUAUUUAUAUUACAUUAAUGAAACAAUGCUUGGAUCCUGAUCCUUCUAAACGUCCAACUGUUUUGCAGUUAAUAGAUACGCUUGAAAUUUGGAAUCAAGUUAUUUUCUGA